AUGUCUCAAUCGACGCCGCUCUUCUCGCCGUCCCUCAUCGAUGAGGGCGUACACGCAGCGAUGCCCUCGGGCUUCACCAUCCGCCCGCUGGCGCGCGACGACUACGCCAAGGGCUUCCUCGAAUGCCUGCGCGACCUGACCUGGACGGGCAACCAGACGGCCGAGGAGUUCGCCGCGCGCUACGACGAGAUGGACACGCAGGGCAAGGGGCCCUACUACUACCUCGUCAUCGAGCACGAGGGGCGCAUCGUCGGCACCGGCGCCGUCAUCAUCGAGAAGAAGUUCAUUUGGGAUCGGGCCAGCGUCGGGCACGUCGAGGAGAUUUGCGUCGCCAAGGAGCACCAGGGCAAGAAGCUGGGCCUGCGCAUGAUUGAGGCGCUCGACUCGGUCGCCCGCAACGCCGGCUGCACCAAGAGCAUCCUCAACUGCAGCCCGGACAAGGAGGUCUUUUACGCCAAGUGUGGGUACAAGAAGGGCGGCACCGAGAUGUUUAACGAGUUUGUGGAGGGCCACAAGGGGUGA